UUAUAAUCAUGGGGCAGUGCAUUGUGGGAACUCGCAUAAAGUCAUCUACUGCCCCUCUCAUUGUGACUUUCAGCUGAGAUGUAAUAUCAUGAAGAAGAUGCAAUUGGCUUAGAAAGUGUUCCGAACAAUGCCAGUGGACAAAGCAUCAAGAACUAUAAUCCAGGCGCUGACCCCUUUGUGAGAAAUUCAGACUUCUUUCGCUACGCGACAUCUGACAAGCGGAGGCUGUUUGGCGUAAAUCCUGAGUGUACUGUACAAGCCAAAUCUGGUGAUUGGCUGUCAACUGCUGGCUUGAGAAAUUACCAUAACUUUUCAGAUUUCUACCUCCGGUUCCAAACUUCAAAAACUGCCACCGUCAUAUAUGCGCCGACAGAGACUUCCUUAUGUCAUUCCCAUAAAAUUAUAAUCAUCUAUAAUAAUGGAGUCUUGGAUUUUGGUAUUUUUGCUUGUGAUUAUUAUACUUUCCAGGUUCCUCUUAGGGUCUUGUCUGAGUGCAUACAUUGACUACAAACUUUCCAAAAGGUUCCCCAAUAGGCCAAUGAAAGACUGGAAUGAUUAGAACCAUGGGCGUAACAUAAGGG